GGAAAAAAACUAAAUAGUAUUAGCUACCAAGGCAAAAAGAGGCUUGUUUUCUUAAAAAUAUAAUAUAACAAUAUUGAAUAGGACACUUAAAACAUAACAAAGUAUCAUAUUUUAAACAUUUAUUGAAUCAAUUAUUAUUCUUAAAUAUUUAAAGUAAUUUCUUCAAUUUAAAGAACUGACAAUAUACCUACAUUGAAUAAAUAUGGCUGCUUUUCAAAAGACCAACUCUAAACAGUCGAAGUAUUUGAUUCUUAAUGACUUUGAACGUCUUGAUGCUCAUGUCGAGUCUGAUGCAGAUUUACUAAUUAAAAAUUUAGCAUUGAAACAAGCUGACAAAUGUCUAACAUUAGAAAAGCAUUUGAGCCAAGAACGAGAUUUUGUUACUAGUCAUGAGUAUGUGUCAGUUACGGAGUACACGAAAGGAGCUGUUACAUUACCAGAAUUCUGCUCUAAAGCUGAAGAGGUAGCUUUUGAUCAAAGAAAUUAUAAUAAUAGCUAUGAUCCUGAAUUGAAAAUAGAGGAUUGUUUAAGUCGUCAUGAACGUGAAUUAGCACUAUGUGUAAAGCCGAAUAGUACUGAAACUAAAUUAUUACAGUUUGCCUUAUCAUGUAAAGCUGAUAAAAAACAAAAACAUGAUUUACGUCCAUCAGAUCAUCCUAUUAACAAUUUACCUUCUAUCGUUGAUGAAAAAUUUAGUCACCUUGAUGUAUGUCCAAUAAAAACAUCAAAAAUGAUAUUACGAAAACGAAGACAAUUACUGCAAUCCAUAUCUAAACCUAUUGAGAUAUCACACAAGCCAAUUAGACAUUAUAAUAAGCCAAAUACAUUGUGGGAUCAAACAGAUUGCACAAAAACACAAAAUCUUAAAUUUUACACUUGUGACACUAAGCAAAUUAAUGAGUGUAUUGGUGUAUUAAAUGUAAAAAACGAAACUUCCAACCCUCCAAAAAUGAAUUCAGUAAAUGGUCAACGUUUUGUGUCUAGCAGUACAUGUUCUAUACUGCUUCAUAACUUUACAAAAAUUACUGAAGAUGAGAUUAAAAAUUUACCUCCUUUUAAAAAUUAUCAAAAAGGAGUUCCAUCAAAAACACUUUAUUUAAAAAAUAUUGCAAAAAAUGUUAACGAAAACCAUUUAAUAUCAGUAUUUGACAAAUAUAAGAAAUUGCAGAAUAAAGAUAUAGUUUAUAGAUUUAUGAAACAAGGAAGAAUGAAAGGCCAAGCAUUUAUAGAGUUCGAAAAUGCUGAAAUUUCAAGCCAAGCACUACAUGAAAACAAUGGUGUUGUGAUAGAAGGGAAACCAUUAGUUAUUGUGUUUGGAAAGCAGCAAAAAUCACUGUGUUAAGAUCCUAAUCCUUCUGACGCAUUGCACCGGACGUUACCAUGCCACCGACAGUUUGGCCGCAAAUGCCGCAGGCGCUGCCGCCGCAGAGAUGAACAACAGAAGCCGCCGGCUCUCGCGGACGGGUCGCCAACGAUGAGACGCCGCAAUCUUAGGCUGGACGCACACUGUAAUAGCGUUAAUAUCAUCCAGGACACCAAACAUGUGACACUCAUUGACUGACUGACCAUGUAUUUUACAAAAUAAUAUGUUUUUAUUUGUUGCUUACCGUUUAUUAAAGCAAACUCAUUUACACACGUAACUAAAAGUUGUUCUGCAAUAUCUGGAUAAUUUUUAAUGUUUAUUCUCUUUUUUUGCAAAUUAUUUUUUAACCUAAUAGAUAUCGUAGCUAGUUUUUUAACCAAAACGGAUGUCUACUAACGAAUGCAGUGUGUUUAGCGACAUAGAAUAUGUAUCAAUAAGGUGA